AUGACAUACAUUAUGUUAUUAUUAUUAAUGGGUAUAAUUAUAGGGCUAGUUUUUGUUGCAUCAAAUCCAUCUCCUUAUUUUGGGGCACUUGGUUUGGUUGCAGUAGCUAGUGUGGGAUGUGGUAUUUUGGUAAACUACGGGGGUUCUUUUUUAUCUUUAGUUUUAUUUCUGAUUUAUUUGGGGGGUAUGCUAGUUGUUUUUGCAUACUCUGCUGCUUUAGCAGCAGACCCCUUCCCCGAAGGCUUAGGAAAUUGGUUUGUUAAACUAUUGGUGGUGGUUUAUAUAAUAGGAAUCACGUCAUUUUCUUUUUUGUUUAGUGGGAAGUGGCAUGAGUUUUCAUGGGUCCCUGUAGAUGAAAUUAGUGAAUUUUCUGUGUUUCGAGGAGACGUAGGGGGUGUAGCUUUGAUAUAUUCAUUUGGAGGGAUUUUUUUAAUCAUUGGUGCUUGAGUAUUAUUGUUGGCUUUAUUUGUAGUUUUGGAGUUGACACGGGGUUUUAAUAGUGGUGCUUUUCGGGCUAUUUAA